AUGAAGUCAUUUCAUUACCUCGCAAGCUUUGUAGCACUGGCUGUCGCCAUUCCAACAGACCUCGGUCCUCGAGCUGAUUGUCCCACAAUCGAUCAGAUCGCUCCCACGGGCCAACUCCCACCAGGCACACUCUCCCCAGCAUUCCUGCAAACUGUAUCCAAAAAGGAACCAAACAAAGCAUUCCCCGCUAGCCAGUCUGCAAUCGUCACACCCAACGACAAGUGCACAAUCACUCAAUUCGACAUACCGGCUUCCGCUCAAAACAAGACCUGCAGCCUUGUCCUCACACUUGGAGACUGUGGUGGGAAUGCGUAUGAGAAGGGACCUGGCAACAUCAUCUUCCAAGGUCUCACUGGCACCAGCUUUCCCGUCCCAGGCCAAACGACCUAUGCCAAUCAACCUCCGCUCGCAGACCCCUUCCCGGACUCGCCUGUGAUCACACUUGGUAAUGCGUACCGGCUGGGUGGUGGUCCAUGUGAUUACAGACCUGGUCAGGCUUUCACCAGCGUCGGUGGCAGCAUCUGCAGUACUGACACUACAUUAUCGUUCACUGAGUCUUAUGGCGGCAACGGCAAGUGCCCCAUUGGGUUCCACAUUAUCAUUACCUAA